GGCAUCAAAAGCUCAGACUCAAACACGGAAGAAGAAGAAGAAGAAGAAAACAGUCGUCGCAUGUCGCAGGACAGAAACUGAACAAUUUACCUUCAACAACACACGAAUAACGUUAAUACCGUGAUCAACCGCGGGGAAACCAGAACAAAGAACACAUACGCUAACAUGCCGAGGAAGAAAGACGUUGUUAAAGGUGGAGCUCCUAUAGCUAGAAUCAAAGAGAACUCCAGACUCAUGCGCACACAUGAAACUAUGGUAGAUUUCAUAAAUGGACGUCAUUCUUCGAGCUCUAUCCUGGAUGUCUUUGCCUCUGGCUUAUUAGGUUUAGAUUUUUUAAGGACCUUUGAAGGAGAAUUGGAGGACGACCUAUAUUACGACGACGACGAUGAUGACGACGAUGAAGAAGAUGAUGAUCACUUUUAUCCACAAAAUGCUGCUCACAAGCAUUUAGAACCACAUCCACGAAUAAAACAGCUCACUGAUGAGGAGGCUGAUAAACAUGCAAAAGAAUUGAUAGAAGAAGAGGAACGGCGUAAGGACAAAACUGAGAAGAACAAGCGUAAGAAAUUGCGUAAAAAAGAAAAGAAAAGAUUAGAAAAGGAGAAUGCAGUUAAAGACAUUUUACCUGAGGAAGAACAAGGGAAGUCAGACUCCUCAGAAAAUCAGGAAGAAAGUCCUGUUAUUGAAAGUAAUGCAGACGCAAAUGAUUCUCCCGAAUCUGGUAAAACAGAAAAUGGAAAUGAGGCGGCUGGAUGUGAUGAGAGCAGUGGUAAUAAUAAAGAAGUAGAAAGUCUUGCGGAGAUGAAUAAAACAGAAGAUGGGGAGCAAAAGCAGGAUUUGAAUUUAAAUAAUUCAUUUGCUUCUACGGCAAAAUCGGUGCCCGAGGAGACGUCUAAUCAGAGGCCUGCGAGAGAAAGAAAAAAGAAAAAAACUAAAUUACAGGAGGUUCAGCCGUCCAAGGAGGAAAAGCCAAAAAUUGUGGAGAAACCCGAAGUACAAAAGAAGAAGGAAGAGAAACCUGAACCCAAUAAAGAGAAAACAAUGGACUCCGCUGCUGAAGAGUUGUCAAAAAGAAGCAGAGAGCUUGCUGGUAUUGGAAAUCGUUUGGCUGCCUCCGGACAGUACGAGAUGGCUGUGAAAUGCUUUACUGACGCCAUUAAAUACAACCCAAAGGAAUUUAAGUUAUUUGGAAAUCGGUCCCUGUGUUUUGAAAGACUGCAGCAGUAUGAAAACGCUCUCGGGGAUGCUGAUCUAGCGCUUUCCAUGGAGCCAAACUGGAUAAAAGGUUUAUUUAGGAAAGGGAAAGCUCUCUGUGGGCUCAAGAGAUACUACGAGGCCUCGCUGAUCUAUAAGGAGGUGUUGCAGCUGGAAAGUUCGAGCACUGAAGCCACGCAAGAGCUGAAACGAGCACAGACAUUGCACCUUAUGGAAAUGGGAUUCAGCUGGGCACAGAGCUCCGAGGCCUUGAAAACACACGCCACGUUAGAGGAAGCGGUUGAAGCUCUGUUUGGUGAUGAAUGCAAUCCGGGUCCUGGAGAUGCCUGUGCCAGUUGGGACAUUGCAGACCAACCAGUGGUGCAGGAGGAAGACGACGACGAGGGAGAGUGGAUUGUCCGACAAACUAGUCGUCCUAGAACGCAGCAGGUCAAAGAGUUAGAUGCUUUUGGCCUCAGCCGAUCGAAAUCUCAGUCCCCGACGCCUCAUUCGAAGAAUUCUUUGAAACCGGACAUUAUCUCUGUUUGGGUUGGAUCCUUGGCUCCUGCUGUCACCUACUCAACACUUCACGAGCUCUUCAGCAGAGCCGGGACGGUCUACAGCAUCAAGAUGCUGCUGGAACAACAGUGUGCCUUUGUGAACUACACCAGAAAAGAAGACUGUGACCGAGCCAUCCAGUGUAUUAAUGGAAUGGUGGUAGAGGGCGCUCCACUCGCUGUGCGAUAUCCCAAUAAAUUCCACAAUGGACUCGGUAUGUCCAGAUCGGCCGCCUCUGACCCCUUUCCACGCCUCGGCCUGUACAAGAAGGAGUGCUUUUUCUGGAGGACGACCGGCUGCACGAGGCAGGACUGCACCUUCAGACACGUCCCAGAGAACAAGAACAUUGACAAGGACAAAUUCACCAGUAGACUGGGGAAUUUUAUGUAGAAAAUCAAAAACGACAAGCAUGCGUUGUUCCCUUUGACGUUUGACACAGUGGUGGUGCCAGACUAGGCUGCUUUUAGUCGCCUCUGUUUCGGUUCUUGCGAUAUUUUGGCUGCAAAAAAAAACAAGACUACUUUGUGUUUAGAUUAUGUUGCAUUUUUGGAAAUGUUUGCACCAUGAUGGCCCACCAUUGUUGUACGAAUACAAAGGACAAAUCAAACUACAUUAUACUACUGCAUUAUAGUAAUAAUUAAUGUGCAUCGUGCUUUGAGCAUUCCUUUGCAAUAGGAUUUUGUCAGGGAUUAUUUGCAAUUAUCGAAUCUGUUUAAAGAUUGUGUUAGAAUACUUGAUUUUUACUUUGUUGCUUAACUUUGUUUUUAAAAAAAGAUUAACAGAUUUCUCUGUUGAUUUCUUUCUGUUCAGUCACCACUAGGUGGCGCUGUUACCUUUAUCCCUCAACUUUGGGGCUAAAAACUAUUCUGCUUUCAUUUUAAAGGCUGUGAUUGAUGAGUAGUUAUGCUAUCGACACAUUAAAUGUGCCAUGUUUAAUUUUGUGAAACUGCUCUGUAAUUUGAUUGCUGGGGCAUUGCGUUUGUCUAAUGUGUGGGUUGUUGAGUCAGUAGCUAUGUAUAUUAUGUUUAAUUGUUUUGUAAUGCCAUGUGUGUUGGAGGAUCAGUUUAGUGCAAACUGUCAUACAAAUAAGUGCCUUUUAGUAGCACUGGCUGCAGUUUAUCAUGGGUCAGCCCAGAGGGAAUUAAAGCCUCAACUUCAAGAGUGUUUAUGUCUUGCUAUACGUUAAUAUACACAGUACAAGACCAAAGACUUGGUGUAGGUGGAACAGUAUAGAUGGGCCUGGAUAUGACUCCCUACAAAGAAUAAUAAAGUCAGCCUCAUGAUAAGCUGCAUAAAGCUAAAGCAUGAUUUGUGAGCUGGAUUAUUCAAGCCUCAGCAUGUAUCUCAAUGUAAUUUGGGACAUCACUAUGAGGUCAGAGGAAACCAUGACUUGGAGAUGAGAGGCCCAGUGGUUUGUCGCUGUCCCACCACUAAAACCAUCACCAGAUUAAUCCCUGCACCAGCUGCGUAUCCUGUUGCAGUGUCCUUGAGCGAGAAGCCCCUCGUCUCAGGUCGGCCUGAGUUAGAGUAAAGUGCCAGUUAAACGCCUGAAAAGUAACUAUUGUCCCUGAGAUUUUAUCUAAAGCGAGGUUCUUCUAAGCCUAAAAUGCCUCCCUUCAAUCUCCCUGACUGUGUCUCCUCUCCUGUUAAUGUGGGUGGGAUUUGUGUAGAUCCCUCUCCCCCUAAAGCCCAGCAGGUUUGAGCAUUUCAAGGUCACUUUUGUGACUCCUGUUAUGCAAUGUUUGGGGUGUGAGUUACAAAAUGUUCCCAAAGAGCUGAGUAAUUACCUAAAAAAAAAAAACGAGGUUAAAAAAAAAAAAAGUUGAGGCAUUAAGCUGUGAAAAGUGCUUAGUCUUGACCUUACAGGCAGAGCAGCUGUACUCGUGGGCAUUAAUUGGCUGAUGGUGGCAUACCUCACAAAGCCCUUCUGAUCUGUGUGAGAUUUGAGAGCAUGAAAGGCCUGUAAUACUAAUAACAUGAACUCUGGUUGAACCCAUAGAAAGCACUGGGACAUUACAAACUUUCAAAAUGGGUCUAUGUUUAAUCUUAUUGGUCCGCUUGGAAAACCUGUUCAAAUGCAGAUAAAGACUGAUAAGAGGUUAGCGUUCAUCAACAUCCCCGCCACUCCCGGGCCCCGGACAAAGCCAAUCCCUUACUUAACUAAAGCAAACACCAGGAAGAUUAAGUGCAUUUUGUUAAAAGACUGCACGGUUUGGAGAGCUUUCAACAGAUUUCUCUCCCUCCCAACAGGAGGAAAAAAGAGAACAAGUAAACACAGUAACAGAAAUUAACCAGCAGACAUGACACGUUGCUCUCCCACUCCUUGCUUUGUGAUAUAUGGCUAUGCAGCAAAAAAUCCUCCUCGCUCCCCCUCUAGAGAAGUUUUGAGUUGGAGUAAUUGAGUGCAUUGCUUUUAGCGCAGGGAUAUAUAAUCUAAUUUUUAUUCUAAUUCUGUGGUUUCUCCCCGCUGGUAAAUAAACUAUUGAUGUGACAUGAGGGA